ACCUGUCAUCAUCUUAUCCUCACCCACUUCCCGCCAUCCGCCACGACCUGGUACCCAACAACGGCGAUGGCGGCGGCGGAGCUCACCACCCCCCUCUGCCGCCACCGUCCAGGUGCGCGCUCUCGCCGCUGCGCCUUCCUUCUACCUCAUCAUCCCGACUGUUACUGUGCUCUCACCGCCUCACGCACCGCCGCGCGAUCCCAGAUCACGCCGCCUAUCGGGAGCCUCUCCGCGUGGCAGCAAGAAAUCCGCGGCAGAGACUGGACGAAGCCAAGAGGAUCGUCUGCAGGUGCGCAUCCCAACGAUCAUCGGCAACUGCUCCGGGCUGCAGAGGUGAAUUUCUCUGAAGGGUUCAAGAGAAUAAGGGAGCCACUGCGGCGCGGCGCGGUCAGCGCCUCCCUUCCGGUGCCGGACCACAUACCUCGGCCACCCUACGUGGGCACAGAUCGUCUCCCAGACGUGGACCCUGACCGGCAGAUGCACGACAGCGUGAGCAUUGCGCGGAUGCGUGCCGCCUGUGAGCUCGCUGCUCGGGUUCUACAAUAUGCAGGAACAAUGGUCAAACCCUCCGUUACGACGGAUGAGAUCGACAGAGCUGUGCAUCAGAUGAUCAUUGACGCCGGCGCCUAUCCGUCCCCCCUUGGAUACGGCGGUUUCCCAAAGAGCGUCUGCACUUCGGUGAAUGAGUGCACCUGCCAUGGAAUCCCUGAUUCACGCAAGCUGCAGGAUGGGGACAUUAUCAACAUUGAUAUUACUGUGUACUUGGACGGCUACCAUGGGGACACCUCAAGAACUUACCUCUGUGGAGAUGUUGAUGAAUCUGCUAAGCAGCUCGUAAAGGUCACUGAAGAGUGCAUGAUGAGGGGCAUAUUAGCCUGCAAACAUGGUGCUAGUUUUAAGGAGAUUGGACAGAGAAUAAGUGAGCACGCGGACAAGUACGGCUACGGCAUCGAUCCCUUUGUUGGGCACGGGGUUGGUAGGAUAUUCCAUUGUGAACCCAUCAUAUGGCAUACCUACGAUUACGAGCCAGGGUUCAUGGUCGCAGGGCAGACAUUCACCAUUGAGCCUACGCUGUCGAUGGGGAGCACGCAGUGCGUGGUGUGGGACGACGGGUGGACGGCGGUGGCGGUGGACGGCAGCCUCAGCGCGCAGUUCGAGCACACGGUGCUGGUCACCCAUGGCGGCGCGGAGAUCCUCACGAGGUGUCCGUAGCAUCAGCGGAGCGUAUGGACGGGCGAAAGUUGGUGGUGCAGGAGAUGCCACAAUAUCAGGGACAAGUGCUUCUAUCGUAUCACAACUUGGAUCACUUCAAGUGUUUCGAGGAUCCCUACCUGUGUUGUUCUUGUCUAAGUAUCUCAGGGUGAUGAAAUUAGACUUGGAUUCUACUGGGACCGGAGGCAAUGAAAGAGUCGACCACAAUAUUCAAGUGACA